CUAUAGCACGAAUGACACUAUCGACAAGUGCUGUCAUACUACAGCGCAACUAGCCGAUCAUCGGUAAUUAAUUUGUCAAUAAAGCUUUGUUGGAAUUUCAGUUUUAUAAAUAAAAUUUCUAAAUAUGCCAUCAAAUGAGCAAAAAGCUCAGCUAUUGAUUGCUGAAGCCGAGAAGAAAUUGGGGCCUAGAGGAUUUUUUGGGUCACUGUUCGGGGGAUCCAGUCGUGUGGAAGAUGCAGUCGAAUGUUAUCAACGUGCUGCCAAUUUGUUUAAAAUGGCAAAGAAUUGGGUGUCAGCAGGGAGUGCCUUUUGUGAGGCUGCAACCUUACAUCUGAGAAGUGGGGCUCGACAUGAAGCUGCCACUAAUUAUGUAGAUGCGGCCAAUUGCUACAAGAAGUCGAAUAUCAAUGAGGCAGUCAGUUGUUUGUUGAAAGCCAUAGAAAUCUAUACCGAUAUGGGUAAAUUUACUAUGGCUGCUAAGCAUCAUCAAGCAAUCGCUGAACUUUACGAAUCCGAGUCGACAGACUUUGAAAAAGCAGUUGUACACUAUGAUACAGCUGCUGAUUUCUUUAGAGGCGAGGAGAAUAAUGCUUCGGCCAACAAAUGUUUGUUGAAAGUAGCACAAUAUUCCGCUCAACUUGAGAACUACGAGAAAGCUAUUCGUAUUUAUGAAGACGUAGCCACAUCAUCUUUAGAGAAUUCUCUAUUAAAGUAUAGUGCUAAAGAAUACAUGUUUCGAGCUGCUCUAUGCCAUCUUUGUGUGGACGUUUUAAAUGCACAGCAUGCUCUAGAGCGUUAUUUACAACAAUACCCAGCUUUCCAGGACUGUAGGGAAUACAAAUUGGUUAAAACCUUGAUUGAACACAUUGAAGAACAGAAUUUGGAUGGGUUUACCGACACCGUUAAAGACUACGACGAAAUAUCACGUUUAGAUCAAUGGUUCACUACAAUUUUGUUAAAAAUUAAAAAACAAUUAAAUGAUAACCCAGAUCUCCGUUGAAAAUUUUCCACGAAUAAUCCUCUUUGUAUUUAUAUUGCUUAUUUCCGUCAGCAACUAGAAGUUGAUAAGGCUUUCGCGAGUCAUUCUUUUAACUUAGAUUUAAUCGUUCUAUUAUUUAUAAGUGCGAAUAUUAAACGAACAUUUUAACAUUAUUAGUGUUAACAUUUCGUUCACCAUUUAGUCUAAAACAAUAUUCAAGUUACUUAAUUGAUAAAUGAUUCAGCUUUUGAUUAUUAUUGUAGUGACACAAAAAUUUUAUAGCGGUAUUUUCUAAUAUAUUGUUUUGAUACUCCAUAUUUGCAGUAUUAGUAAUGCUUAAACAGUGCGCAACUUUUAAUGAGUCUCAUAAAAUCUCAGUUUUUCUAGUACCUAUUUAUUUAGUUGGGAACUUUUUAAAAUCGAUUUAUAAACAACGUGCAUAAUUAGGCUCAGCCACAAGGCACCGUCAUAGAUCUUCUUAAUAAUUGUGAAAACAUUAAUUCUGGCAUUAAAAAGUUUUCGGCCUUAAGGUUCAUUCCAACGUUUCGGAAACACGCAAAGCUUGCACUUUCAGAGCGUCGUCCCGAAAAACGUUGGCAACUAUCGGAAUCUGAUAAAUAUACUUGCAGCAAUAAAAUAUUUAUGUGAACAAAAAUCAAGAAAAACAAUGUUAUGUCUGUCUUAGUAGUAAUUAAAAUAAGCAUUUAAUAUAAUAAGCAGUUAAAUAUUUUGUUAUUUACGUUAACCUCGGUAGUUAUAAGUUAAAAAUAUGAUAGUGUAUAUACGAAUUUGUUGUGAGACAUACCUCCUGUUAGUCAUUCAUUGUUGAGCUUUGUAAAUGAGACAAUUUUACUGCCCGCGUCAUCAUUGUGAGCCAUCCAGCCACAUUUUCAAUUUUGUAUUGUCCGAAAGUUUAAACACAUAGCACCUUUUAAAAAUUAUACUAAACGUAGGCUUUCUAGAUUGAAAUUACCAGUUUAAAAUUAAUCAUUUUAUUGCAUGUAUGAAAAGUAACCAUUUAGCAGAAGCUGAGGAUCAUAUUGAUUUUAAAAAAUGUAUUGUAUGUGUAUUAGAACAACAGGAUACUUAUAUGAUAUAUCUAGUGAUUCAGUCAACGAUAUCAAAUUAAUGCUGUAUAUAAUCGUAGAUGGCAUAAUAAAGGUAUAUUUAAAAACA